AACAACCGGGUUCACCUCGAGCGCAUUGGUAACGGAAGCGAUGUUCGAACGACGAUUAUGUUGAGGAACAUCCCCAACAAGUUGGAUCAUGUAACACUCAAGUCGAUCCUUGAUGAGCAUUGUUUUGGUAUCUACGACUUCGUCUACCUCCGAAUUGACUUCGAGUCAGGAUCCAAUGUUGGCUAUGCGUUCAUCAACUUCAACUGUGUUGAAGGCGUCGUAGCUCUCGUCAACAAUGUUGCUGGGCGCCCGUGGCUAGGCCAUGGCACUAGCAAAGCAGCAGAGAUUUCGUAUGCGACUAUCCAGGGCCGGGACGCAUUAGUGCAAAAGUUUCGUAACUCUUCCGUCAUGACAGAGCCUCAUUUCUGCCAGCCACACCUAUUCAGCACGUGGCUCGACGCGUUGGCGGCGGGCGACUUCACUAUGGUUGGUACGGAGGUGCCGUUCCCUGGACCUGAUAAUGCAGCCAAACUCCAGCGAUCUCGCGACAGUGCAAGGGCAGUCGGGCUGUACCCACCGCACCACACGGGGGCUAAUGCUGACCACCGCAACCGGCUCAGCCAAUACGACCGUGGCACC